CUUCUCAUUGAAGAGCCAAUAAUCGAUCACUGUUGAAACAAACUAAAAAAAAUAUCAUGCCAAGACAUUAACAUCAGAAUAUGACAGCUUAUAAAAGACAGCCAAGUUCAUUUUUUCGACCCCAUUUUUCCGGCAAUAUUUUUAACAAUCGCCACUCGCUUACAACUCUCUAACGAAUUGACAUUCCUAUUGGUGUACAACCCUAUAAUUUCUAUCUUUCCAAGUAGGCAAUUUAGUGUUUCUGGCGUCGCGAGUACAUAGCGCAAUGGCGAACAACAAGGUCGGCAAUGGUGUUAAUGUAAAGAUAUGGUUUCAUAAUAAAACAAUAGUUUUGAGAGAACAUGGGGUAGAUUGUUGAUUGUCGCAAACAUGAAGGUAAAAGAGGUUUUUGCACUGAUGGGAGGCUUUUUCUUUUUUUACUUAUCGAUAGCGAACGCCUUAAAAGAUGUAUUUUGGUGCUACAUACGCCGCUGUGUCACUACAUACUCAAAAUCAAUGGAUAACAAUUUUUACCACGUCUCCGUGCUUUACGACUUUCCCGCACAAUUUUGGGCGAGAUAAACAGAUGGAAGAAUAUUACGAUUAUUCUCGACAUAAGUUCUGUAUUACUUUUGAUUUCAGCAACAAUGGCAUUGCUUCUAGAAAGAUUGCUGUAAAUGAUCAUUUUGAAUCUAAAGUUCACGUUCAUGACGAUAAAAUUGCAGUUUAUUCCUUUUUAUACGACACUGCCACCAGAACAAUCGUGGCUAGGGGUACUUCGGUUGAAAAGGAAAAGAAAAAUUUUAAAGGACAGCAAAAAGAUCUUUUUUAUGCACCCAACAUUUUCAGUGAACUCUAUAAACGUACUGCAAAUGACAAGAUUGUUCUACAAGAAGCGAUACGCGCGUUACGACAAGAAGUCGAGUAUUGGAAAAAAGAGCUAAAUAGUUCGGAUGAUAUGGAUUUUUAUUAUGCAUUUACUCUACCCGCAAACUGGGAUCACGAAAUAAUCCGGUCUCUCUUUAUAAAAGCUAACCUCAUGCAGAAAAAUGAAGCUCAGGGCAGAUUAAUGUUUUUCUCGGAGUUAGAAAUAGCUUUUCGACAUGUUCAAACUAUCCAAACCAUGUGCUUUAUGGAAACCGAUCAUGGUGAUCAAUUCAUUAUAUGUUCAUUAGAUUUUCAAAACACUGUUAACGUAAAUCUCACAUUGGUAUCGGCUCAGGUUCCUCCUAUAACGACAGCAGACGACAAAUUUGCCCCACGAUUCUUGAAUGAAACUAAUUUUACGAUACCAUCUGGAGCACAAAAAGUAAAAUCGUCGUUGAUAGCAUGUUUGAAAAAGCGUUGUAGCACCGUACCAUUGUUUGAACUCAUUGAUAUAUUGUUCAAAAAAAUCUGUUCACUAGAGGAAAUCUUAAAGGAUUCUCUAGAUAAUUUGACAUUUCAAGAAGUAUUAUUAUGCCAGCCCUUUAAUGGUUUAUCAGAACUAUAUGAGAAACAAUACAAUCUGGAGAAAAUGGAAAUUGAUGUCCUGCAAUCAUUAACCGUGGAGGAUAUUUAUAAAGACCUGUUUGCUUCCGCCGAGAUAGAGUUUAUGGAUAAAAUGCAAUUUUUACUUCAAGGUGUAACUGAAAGAAAGGAUAGAUUGAUGAUAAUAUUUUACCAAGAUGAGCUCAAGUAUAAUUUUGAAUCAUUAGUGCUUCUCAAAUUGAUCGAAAAGUGGUCUAAGACUUAUAGCGAAGAGCAAGCGGAUUCUUACGAACUUAUAGAGAAAUACGAAAAACUGAGCUUUCUGUUCGAGGUACAAUACAGACAGGAUGGACUGACUGAUCUUGUGGGAAACCAAAUGCAAGAAUUCAAUAUACGUAGAGACCCAAUCAUAAUCUCUCAAGACACAACAACAGAAGAACCUGAAAGCUGCUAUUUUGUUAACAUAGAUAUAUCAUCUACACAAACCAAUGCAACUUUCACAUACUUAGGUAUUGAUAAUCAAGCCAAAAAAGCAGAACAGAUUAAAUGCAUGAAAUCAUUGGGAAGUUUUAUCACACGGCCAGACUUUAAUCAAAAGCCAGUGCUUCAUCUAACGCGCAGGCUGAAACUACAUCUAGAGAAAACAUUUGGAACCUAUCUUAGAGUGUACUCAAAUACUGUUAGACAAGAUGAGACAGGAAUUUUGUUAAACGAUCAAGAUUUGGAAUUGCUUCCACACCUCAACAGUAAAAUUCCGUCGAAAGGGAUUAAGGAUUUAUUUGUCUUUUCGAAACCAAAUCUACUUGAACAACUGACUGGAAACGUUGAAAUGAAUGACAUUUUUGGCUUGAAUGAUAAUUACUGUAAUUCUGAUGCUGUUAGAAGAAACACUGACAAGUAAUUUUGGAAAUGAUUGGCAAGACAAGGAUGUCUGGUAUGCUGUCUCUGUAGAUAAAAAUUUAUUGGACAAUGUAUUCGGCUCAAUGAAACAGUUGGAAAAGCUAUUCUAUGCAAGUGGUAUACUCCAUAACGAUGAUAAUCUUCGGAAAGCAAAAUUCAGCACCCAUGGUGAGGAAAUUUU